AUGGACGACUUUAGCGACUCGGGCGAGUUGUACACAAUCAGAAACCAAUUCUUCACAAGCCAACACCACAAAGUCUUGUCAUAUUCUUUGGACAGUUUUUCCAGAGAUAAUCAGCUCAAGGUGAUUGAGUUUCAAGUGAGAUCGAGCGUAGCGUUAUCCCAAGAUGCUUCCCAAUUGAUCGACAAUGGUAAGCUGAUAUUCCCAGAGCAGACUCAGGUGUUUGAUGUCUUGCAGGCCUGGAACGAUUUGAUGACUUUCGGUACAGACGAGUCCACCUACUUUGAUGAUGUGGUGAAUCCUGAGUUUGAAUUGCAGGCUAUCCUUACUGCCCUCUACUACGUCAAGUUCAAAAAAGAUGUCCCCCUUGCGAUACAGCUUCUAGUCAAGUACACAAACUACAACACAAACAACGUCAAAGAGUUGGAGCCUUACUUGAUCUUGGUUCAGUUGUACUUGGUUAGAGAGAACUUUUCGGAGGCAUACAAAAUCUACACUGGCUUCCAGAACUUCCCUCCACAAGCAAGAGAUAAUAUCAUAUACCAGGUUUUGGAGAGCUGGAUCUUGUCCAUCAAGGGAGAGUCGGACAAUAUUUCAAACGCAUUUUAUUUCUACGACGAGAUGUUGUCUUCAGACUUUGAAGAUGAUCCUCAGGGCAAGUUCCGCAUUUUGAACGUUUUGUUCGUCAUGACGAUGCAAUUAAAGCACUUGCCCGAGGCCAAGGAGUUGUUGAACCAGAUUAAUGCUCUUAACUACAAGGGCAACGAGAAUGACGAUUUUCUCGCCAACCAGGUCACUUUCGAUUAUCUCACUAACAACGGCGCCAACGUCGAGUCCUUGUUGCAGCACUUGAAAGAGUCAAACCCUGAGCACCAGUUACUAGCUGACUUGGCCGAAAAAGAGGCCAAGUUCGAUGAGAUCGUCAGCAAGUACCAGACUGCUACUUAG